UGCUUGUAGCGGGGAUCGAGAUAAACUCCCGCGACAGCGAAUUUGGAAUAAUUCCAAUUAUUGUGUUUAUAACGACGUUGAUGUCCGAUUUUGGCCUAUGUUUACCUUCAAAUAUUGAUGAUAUUAUGACAUCAUUACUGAUAGAUUUUCUAUAGAGUGUUGAAUGUUUAAUAUCGAUGAAAGCAGGUUUUAGUAAACAAGAACGCGGAAAAAUUAAUAAAAAGUACUAGAAUAAAAUGCUACUCAUCGUGUUAGUGUUUCUUCCGUUGUUGAGUUUGACCGGCUCCGCCAAUACCGAUGAUUUCUUGGACCCAAAUUGGAUUAAACCGGAUCCUUGGUCCCAGCACAAGCACGAACAACGUAAAGCACAUGCAGCAAAGCUAGAGGAUUGCAAAUGUCCUCCAAUUCCUAUUUGUCCACCGGCACCGCAAGUUGACACAGCAGACAGAAAUAACGAAUUGGCGAUGAUAUUCUACAAAAAAUUCGUUGUUCGGUUGCUGGACGAAAGUGCACUGAUACCAGAUGCUGGUGAUUCAGAAAUUCUAUUGCGUAAUCUUCAGCUUAAGAUAAAGAGAGAGCAGCUGGAGGAGCUAAAAAGUGCAAACACAGUACGAAAAAUUGACGGCAUAAUUUCGGGAAUCAUUGAACAAUCGACAGAUAGCGUAUACCAUCAUAUUGCGGAAUCAGUCUGCCUGACCCUGAUGGGAUAUGCUCAGCAAAUAAGCCAAAACGAAAUCAUUCGAUACUUGCUGCUUUCGUUGGUCGGCUUACCAGUUCUUUUUUAUGUAGUAAAGUUCCUGUCGAGAUUAAUGCACGCAUCUCCAUACAUUAUCGUACCAGCAUUGUUUCUCAUGAUCGGCUUAGUAACUGAGUUCAACGAAUGCAGAAAUAAACAGGAGAUUGAGGCCAUGGCUAGACUGUACCAUGCAGACACAGACAAUCCGUGCCAGAAACUUGAUGUAUUGCAACAAGGAACGUUUGGUUUUGUAAAUAGCUGGUUUAGUAAGGACCCGAGAGUAGAAUGUGAAAAACACCUUUCGGAAAUACUGGGAGCAACUAGAACAACUUGUGAUCCCUCGCAGCUGUUGAUCGGGAUGAUUGCUAAAUUACAGAUGAAGUACUUCGAGUCAGUAUUUAUUAAAAUCUAUAAUAUUUUUGAGAAAAUCACGGCAUCCAGAGGUUAUGUGGAGACGAUAAUUAUUGCAGUUUUUCUCAUAGCACUUGUGUACAUUAUUGUCACAAAUGUGAUAAAAUAUGGAAUCUAUGGAUCAUUCAAUUUCUUUGGUACAUGGUUGACACAUGCGGAGUCAUCAACAAUGGGAAGAUACGAUAGAGGUAUUAUUCACGCAGACAGUCGUCAAUCUUUACCAGCAGCCAUGCCGUCCAUCAAUCUAAACAUUAACAUUGACAAAACAAGAAAAAAGUUAUCACGGACGGAGCUCAAUAGAAUUGAAGAACUCCCUCCACCCAACACUAGUCAGGCAUUGCAGCUAGAAUCCAAAAAGUUACCAGAGAAAAGUCCGCAGGAAGAUGGCUCGGGUGACGCUCCGCGAGAAGUAGAAGCGAGUGGGUCCGAAUCAGAGAGUGAAGUUACACAAAUCCAUAGUCAGUUUCCGAUCUCUGUCAGUAGUGUUGGCGAAAUAAAGAUGAACGCAAAGGACGGGACUACUGCAGCUCUAUAGUACGCAACAAGGUUCCGCGGUAACUGCUUUAAUUAUAUAAUUGAUUUUUGUAGCUUUAAUUACGAUUAACCAUAUUUCCAUAAUGAUCGAAAAAUAUAAAAUUCGGAAAAGUAAAUUCACGUUGGCAUUCAAUGUCACUACCAUGCUUAAAAAACUAAACGCGUCAUGAUAACACAUAGUCAUGAUGGCCUCAUAGUAUUUUAUUUCUAGUGAGGUUGUUCUGAUACAUUGGUGACUUAAACUGUCACUUAUAAGCAGAAAAAAAUUACAUUCAGAUAUUCGUUAGCAUUUCAAA